AUGAAAUCAACUUCACAACUAAACCAAGCGGCCACGGACUAUAGUUUCAGCCCACGUGUACCUCUAAAACUGUACUUGACGACAUGCGUCGGUCUACUGGAAGAAGCACAGGGGGCGUUCCAAGUGGGUAACGUGGAGCGGUCGUACAUAAUGUACGUUCGAUACCUGGAUCUGUGUAUGAAGAAGCUGCCUUCGCAUCCACAGCUGGCCGGAAUGCGUUCUCACACAGAGGACGAUUUGGCCAGGAAAGAGUACUUGCAACUGUUAAAGUUGGAGGUCCCCGCCAUACUCAAAAUCUCAGAAGAUCUGCGAUUGCAACUGGAUAAAACAUUUGCUCAGCAGGCAACGACGCUGGCCGCCAACGUUCCCAAAUCACGUUUGUUGCAAAAAGAGACUGUGGACAAAGUAGAACUGCCGUCCAGCUUCGACGAGGCGCGCUUCAGACAGUCCAUAUCUACUUUCCAAAGACAUACGGAAAACGCGGGUUCCACUGUUCCGUUGAGACAAAGAGAGUCACAAUUGGUUUACCCAGAAUUACCACAAUUAAGUCAGCCGUUUUAUGCAUCCUACUGA